GUGGAAAUCACGGCCACCAGCUUAAGAAUAGGGACGGUGGGCGACACAGAUCCAAUCAUCGAGGGCACUUUCGAUCGCAAGGUUGACCCAAAUGGUGAGAACUACUCUUGGUUCCUUAUUCCGGAGGAGGUCCCUCCCAUCAUGGAGCUGACAGUGGACAAGGACGCCUCGGAAGUCUAUCAAACCUACAGCUAUGGCACACUGCUGUGGCCGCGGCUGUUCAAUGAUGACAUCCCGCUAGGAGAGGGCUUGUUCGAGGCGGACUUGACAGAUUU